AUGUUCGGUCUCGCUCUUGGAGUUGCAAAGCUUGACCAGAACCUUCCGACCAUAGUAUAUGCUUUCCUUUCUGGAUUGAAUGCUUCGACCGUUGGUAUCAUCGCUCUCGCAGCAGUACAGUUAGCGGAGAAGUCUAUUCAAGACAAAGUAACCAGAAUACUGGUUAUAUUUGGCGGAUCGGCUGGCCUGUGCUACCAAGCCAUAUGGUAUUUUCCGAUCCUUAUAUUGAUUGGUGGUUGCACGACCGCAGUAUGGGAUCUGAUCGCUCAACCAUACAUCACAAAGUUGAGAGAUAAACUUCGUCAAAGACGCUCGAGUUCCUCGGGUGACGCUGAGGCGGGCAUUGAUCAUGUGGGGGUCCAAUUAAACCAUCCUCAUCAGUCUUUAGCACUUCAGCGGCGCCGCGUUCUAGCCGGGAGAGCGCAAGAGCCCCAAGCCGAUCUUCCCCAGCUUCGACGUUCAGAUAGCUCAACUAUAAUACCUGAUAGCCCUAGCACCCUCGUGGGCUCGGAUUCAAAUCAACCGAUGGACACACACUCUCACUCUCUGCAUAUGAAAUGGGGUAUUCUGAUCAUCGUCCUCUUCUUUGCAAGUUUUGUUGCCAUACUGGUGGUGCGCGAGGGCAUGGAGAAGCCCAUGCUUGACCUUGACCUCUUCUCCAACUUGUAUCUUGCCGGAACGGUGAUAUUUGGCGGCGGCCCAGUCGUCAUCCCUUUACUUCGUGAGUAUGUUGUCGGGCCGGGCUGGGUCUCUCCACGAGACUUCCUCAUCGGCCUAGCCCUUAUCCAGGCCUUCCCUGGGCCAAAUUUCAAUUUUGCCGUAUAUCUAGGCGGGCUUGCAGUAGCCUCAAUGCAUUCUCCAACUAUCCUGGGCUCUGCAAUGGCGUUCGUUGCAAUCUACAUCCCUGGCAUGGCUCUGGCCGUGGGGUUCCAAAGUUGCUGGAGUGUCCUGCGGAAAUAUCCACUAACAACAAGCUGUCUCAGAGGAAUGAACUCAGCUGCAGUAGGCCUGGUGUUCACCGCAGUGUAUCGCCUCUGGGAGAUUGGCUAUCUGAGCGCCAAUGCAUCACAGGGUCAAAGCCUGGGAAUGGAGCCCUUUUGGGUUGUCGUGGCGGCUAUAACCUAUGCUGAGAAUGCUUGGUUUAGAGUGCCCCCCGCCAUUGCUAUUGCCAUCGGUGGCAUAUUGGGCCUUUGCUGGUAUGCUGUCGUACAGCGAAAUAGUUGA